UCGCCGCCAUCCUAAUCAGUUUCCAAAGGCACGCGGAAUGGCAGAGUCGGGAGGUGAAGGUGCGACCACGAAGUGGUUCGAUGUUACUGUACUCGAGAAAGAAAGUCCGUUACCGGAGGGACGGUUACUGUUGGAAGAAGAGAAAGGAUGGGAAGACGACGCGAGAGGAUCACAUGAAGCUGAAGGUUCAGGGUGUCGAGUGCAUCUACGGCUGUUACGUGCACUCGGCGAUCCUCCCGACGUUUCACCGCCGAUGCUACUGGCUACUGCAGAAUCCAGACGUCGUUCUCGUUCACUACUUAAACGUUCCUUACCCGGACGGUGACGCGAAGCUAGCGGCGCUCCCACCGUGUCUCGCGCUGCCGCCAGACAAGAAGGAGUGGACGCGAGACGAGCUGGCUUCUCAACUUAGACCCAUGUUCCUCGGUGGUGAUGACGAUCCGAACAAUCCUCAUCUCACCCAACACUCGAAUCAUCCCGUCGACAUGAUAGUUUCUCAGCUGUUGGACAGGCAGCGGGCGAACUCCACUUCCUCCACCACCAGCACUCAGCUUGCGCCUAGGAGACUAACACCGGACAAUCAGGUUACUUCGACUACCGGAGGUCAGCAAUCAUCGACGACAGCCUCACCUGCGCCCCGCGUAUACUCGAGA